AUGAAAUUUCUCUUUAAAGAUCAUUUGGAAAUGACAAGGUAUUUUGUAUUGAUCCCUAGCCGAGAAUUUAGAACUAGAAAUAGCUCUCCAAGUAUUUUUCGUAAUAUAGAAGCGAAUGAUCCUCCCAAUGAUGAUGAAGAUGUUGAUGAUGGAAACUUACACCAAGACAACAAUACCACUCUCUCUUGCCAAUGCCCCUUUAUCAUCCUUUUAAACGAUUCUUCCUUCCUUCCCAAGCUUCAAGAAUUUCUCUUGCACUUCCUUCUCCUCUUUCAAACCACCAUGUAUUUACUCCUUUCAAUCCUCAAACAAUUUUUUCGAGCUCUUUUUCUGAAUUCCUCCGCAAUUUCAUCAUGUUCGCAGUUUCGUUUUUUUAAACUCAAGAAGACGAAUAGUCAAACUUCCAUUUCUUUGCAAGAAGUCUCUCCAGAAUUGAGUUCUCACUCGUUCCUGCAGGCUGGUGACGCUCAAGAGUCGCUGCCAGCUGUCAAGGUCGAAAAGAUUGCAACUUACACACAAAUGCAAAACACUCAUGAAGGACCACCACACAAAACGAAAUCCAAAUUGAAAAUUCUCAUUGCAGAAUCGAACACGAUUCAUCGAAUGGUAUUGAUUAAACUGUUGAAACUUCUCGGACAAGAUAUUGAAUUAAGCAUGAAUGAUGGAAAACAAUUACUCGAUCAGACCAACCACAACCUUCGAGAGAUUGAUAUCGUAUUCUUGGAUGAACACAUUCUUGAAAAGCAUCCUUCAGAAACUUGGCAAUUUCUUCAUCUUGUUCAGAAUACACAUACCAAAAUUGUUUUAUUUUCAAAGGGUGUGAGCAAUUAUUCCAAACAACAAGAAGAAGAAAACAAAUCUCGUUCAACAAGCACGAGUUCGAUCACUCGUCCAAGUAGUGAACACUUGUUAUUUACAACCAUACGAAAGAAGCCAAAAACCAUUGAAGAACUGGAUCAAGUCAUUCGAGAGGUUCAUUCGAAAGGGUCGACGACAACUUCUCAUGAUGGUUGCAUCUCAGAACAUUGCUUUCUGAAUAAACGAUGA